UUUCUCUCUCUCAUCCCCUUUAUUUUGCUGUAAUUCUGUAGGUGUAAGUAUCGUGUAUGUAUAGGUGGGUGGCUUGUGGUUGAGUUUUAUCUAUGUGAAGGGAUUUUGUGAGGAAUGUUCUUUGGCUUGUGCUCAACUCCGAAGCAAUUCUAUUCACUACCCGAUCUGCAACUCUCAACCUUCUUCUUCUUCUUCUUCUUCUUCUUCUGUGCGAUAACUCCGAGUUAAUUUUUGGCUUCUUCUUUACCGUUUUUGGUGUCUGCACUACUGCUGCCAUUAUUAAUUACCGCGACGGAAGUCUAGUUAUUUCGUGUAGAGGCACGAUAUGGCGGACUUUAGGGAUAUAGGGCUUGCGGCAGGAGUAAAUAUCCUCAGUGCAUUGAUUUUCCUUAUAGCAUUUGCCAUCCUAAGGCUUCAGCCAUUUAAUGAUAGAGUAUAUUUCCCAAAAUGGUACCUCAAGGGUUUGAGAACUAGUCCAACACAAUCGGGUGCCUUUGCAAACAAAUUUGUCAAUUUGGACUGGAGAUCCUAUAUUAGAUUUCUAACUUGGGUGCCAGAGGCACUGAAAAUGCCAGAGCAAGAGCUCAUCGACCAUGCAGGGCUGGAUUCAGCAGUCUAUUUGAGAAUCUACUUGCUGGGACUCAAGAUUUUUGUUCCAGUGACAUUGCUUGCAUGGGCUAUCCUAGUGCCUGUCAACUGGACGAACAACACUCUUGCACAAUCAGCUGAUAAGCUUGAAUUCAGUAAUAUUGACAAACUUUCUAUUUCAAACAUUCCACUUGCAUCACAAAGGUUUUGGACUCAUGUAGUAAUGGCCUAUGCCUUUGCUGUUUGGACAUGCUAUACCUUGAAGAAGGAGUAUGAAACAGUUGCUACAAUGCGCUUACACUUUCUUGCUUCAGAAAAACGUCGUCCUGAUCAGUUUACGGUUCUUGUUAGAAAUGUGCCACCAGAUACAGAUGAAUCGGUGUCUGAAUGUGUGGAACAUUUUUUCUUGGUCAAUCAUCCGGAUCACUAUCUAACUCAUCAGGUUGUGAUCAAUGCCAAUAAACUUGCAAAACUUGUCAAGGAGAAAAAAAGUAAGCAGAAUUGGCUUGACUAUUACCAAAUAAAAUAUUCAAGAAAUCCAUUACAAAGACCAACGAGAAAGACUGGAUUCCUUGGCCUUUGUGGGGAUAAAGUGGAUGCAAUUGAGUAUCAGACAGCUGAAAUUGAAAGACUGUCAAAAGAAAUAGAUGAAGAGCGGGAGAGGGUAAAAACUGAUCCAAAAUGUAUAAUGCCAGCGUCGUUUGUCUCCUUUAAAACUCGGUGGGCUGCUGCUGUGUGUGCACAAACACAGCAAUCUCGAAACCCGACUUUGUGGUUAACAGAGUGGGCAUCGGAGCCACGUGAUAUUUACUGGGAUAAUCUGGCAAUUCCUUAUGUUUCUCUGACUGUCAGAAGGCUUAUUGUUGCUGUUUCUUUCUUCUUCCUUACGUUCUUCUUCGUGAUCCCCGUUACUGCCGUGCAAUCCCUUGCAAAUAUUGGGAGUAUUGAAAAGAAGGCACCAUUUCUUAGGCCAAUUGUUGAAGUACCUUUCAUCAAGUCCUUUAUCGAAGGUGUUUUACCUGGGAUUGCUUUGAAGAUUUUUCUUAUAGUGCUACCAACAAUAUUGAUGAUAAUGUCCAAAUUUGAGGGCUACUUGUCAAAAUCAUCCCUGGAGAGGAGAUCUGCCUUGAGAUACUACUUAUUCAACUUCAUAAAUGUUUUCCUUGUGAGUGUAAUAGCAGGAAGUGCACUUGAACAACUCAAGAAUUUUUCAAAGCUGGCCCCAGGAGAUAUUCCUAAAACAAUUGGUGUCGCAAUACCGAUGAAAGCAACUUUCUUUAUCACUUAUGUAAUGAUUGAUGGAUGGGCUGGUGUUGCUGGAGAGAUCUUAAGAUUGAAGCCGUUGAUAUUCUUUCAUCUAAAGAACUUCUUUCUGGUGAAGACUGAAAAGGAUAGAGAGGCAGCCAUGGAUGCUGGGAGCAUUGGCUUUAACACGGGCGAACCUCAAAUACAAUUGUAUUUUCUUCUAGGCCUCGUCUAUGCUGUGGUGACACCAAUUUUUCUUCCGUUCAUAUUGGUUUUCUUUGCACUGGCAUUUGUGGUGUAUCGCCACCAGAUCAUAAACGUAUACAAUCAAGAAUAUGAAAGUGCCGCAGCAUUUUGGCCAGCUGUACAUGGCCGUAUAAUGUUUGCCCUCAUCUUCUCACAGAUAGUUCUGAUAGGAUUAAUGAGUACAAAACGUGCCGUCACAACCACACCGUUCCUUAUUGCACUUCCAAUCAUGUCCUACUUUUUCCAUCUUUUCUGUAGAGGCCGCUUUGAACCAGCUUUUGUCAAUUACCCUCUACAGGAAGCAAUGAUGAAAGAUACACUGGAACGAGCAAGAGAACCGAACCUGAAUUUGAAAGGCUAUCUUCAAAAUUCAUAUGUGCACCCGGUUUUUAAAGAUGAAGAGGAAGAAGAAGACGAUGACCAUGUCAAUGGAAAAUACGAUGACAAUGCUGUAGUAGCCACCAAAAGACAGUCUCGAAGAAAUACACCAGCCCCAAGUAAAAUGAGUGGUGCAUCUUCUCCAUCGCUACCUGAUGUUGUUCCUGAAAUUUAAAUUCGGAGUUUUAAGCUAGAGCUUGGUGUAGUGAUUGUGUAAUUAAACGAGAGAAGAAAUAGCUUCAAUUUUUUUUUUAUUUUUUUUUUUGUGUGUAAGAUGAUACCAUGUGAGGCGAAUGUAAGGAUUUUUCGACUUUAAUAUGGUUGUAAUCCUAUUUGAUAUACACGGUGUAGGAUGUGAAUAUUACCCCCCACCACAUGAGCUUUAAUUCAGAAGUUUCACUGUUUGAU